AUGGGAGUAACUAGCUUGUGGCAGAUCCUGGAACCUGUCAAGCAACAUGUCCCUCUCUGCAGUCUGAAAGGAAAAACAUUGGCUGUUGAUUUAAGUCUCUGGGUGUGUGAAGCACAGACAGUUAAAAAGAUGAUGGGAAUAGUCACAAAACCUCAUCUUAGGAAUCUUUAUUUUCGUGUCUCUUCUUUAACACUAAUGGGGAUCCAUCUGGUGUUUGUCAUGGAGGGUGAUCCCCCAAAGCUGAAAACAAGCACAAUGCAGAAGAGAACAGAAGCUCGCUUUGGGCCAUCAAAAAAGCCUGAGAUCGCAAGAAUGGGGAGAUCCCGUUUCAAGUUUCUUUUGAAAGAGUGCCUUGAACUGCUGGAGUGUUUGGGAAUCCCAUGGAUUCAAGCAGCUGGAGAAGCAGAGGCAAUGUGUGCUUACCUGAAUGCAAAUGGCUAUGUGGAUGGGUGCAUCACCAAUGAUGGAGAUAUCUUCCUGUAUGGUGCUCAAGCAGUUUACCGAAAUUUUACCAUGAACAUCAAGGACCCACAUGUUGACUGCUAUUUGAUAUCUGCUAUUGAAGAGAAACUCAGCUGUAGCAGAGAAUCUCUGAUUGGAUUAGCAAUUCUUCUUGGUUGUGAUUAUCUUCCUAAGGGAGUUCCUGGAGUAGGAAAAGAACAGGCUUUAAAGCUGAUCAAAGCUUUGAAAGGGCAGAGUUUACUGCAAAGGUUUGAGAGCUGGAAAGACCAUUUCCAAUCUGGUGACAUCCCAGUAUCAACAGCUAAAGAAGUGGUUCACUGUUCUGUGUGCCAUCAUCCAGGAUCUUAUAAAGACCAUGAGGAUGUGGGAUGUCAUCUCUGUGGCAGUAUAGGGUACUGUGAGCCCCAGGAGGCUGACUACUGCUGCCCUUGUGACUGGCACUCUUUGGAGUCAGGGUGGCAGCAGAGCUUAGUGGAGGAAGGUAUUAAAAAAAAAGCCAAGGCAUGUGAAGGUUUUCCCUUUCCUGAGGUUAUCCAAGAAUAUCUCAUCAGCAAAGACAAACCAGUGAAAUUAAAUGGGUGCCAAAGGCCAAAUUUAUUAUCCUUUCAGAGAUUUGCUGUCAAGAAAAUGGACUGGACCAAGCAUUACGCCUGUGAGAAAUUGUGUAGCCUUCUGACUUAUUAUGACAUGAACAGAAAGAAGUCUGGCCAUACUGAUCCAAACCAGCUGCAGGCCCUGCGGAUAAUCAAGACACGGAUUAAAAAUGGAAUUCCUUGUUUUGAAAUUGUAUGGCAAAAGCCAGACCAUUACACUUCUGCAACUGAGGAUCAACCUGCUGAUCCCUUUCUAAUAACAAUAGAAGAGUCAACGUUAUUUCAAGCUGCCUAUCCCAAAGUGGUUGCUUUGUAUCAAAUGCAGAAGUUGAAAAUUGGCAAAGAAAAAAAGGAAAGUAAGAAGAAACCUAGAGAGAAAGAAUGCCUAACAGGGGACAGCAAAGUAGAAGAUACUUUUUCUUACCUGAACUUGCACUCUGAGUGUGAAAACAUUCCCAGCCAAGAUCCAAAGUCUGAUUUUAAGCUUGUUUUUGAUUUGCAAAAAUUUCCAAAAAAGAGCUGUGAAUCUCUGUGUCUAUCUGAACCUGCAGAUAUUUCUACUAGAGUAGGAAAGCCAUGCAACUUCCUUAUUGCUUCACAAGAUACAGAAAAUGAAUAUAAACCUUCUAAUUCUUUACUCUCACAAACAGAAUUAUUUGCUAAGGUGCCUAUGGCUUCUUCUGCCAGUACUGAUCUGCAGCUGAGUGACAUUGACUGGGAAGGAACAUCCUUCAGCAUUUCUCCAAGGAAUGUUAAUCUUCCUUGGUAUUCAGAAUCUGAGUCUGGCCUAUGCAAUAAUUCUUUAAGGCAGUGCUCUCCACUGUACAGCAAAACAGCCAACAUCCUUGCACAGCAUUCAGAUUCUGCACAACGUGGUCCAGAUUUGGUCAGUGGUGUAGAUUACUCUGUUUCAAACAGAGACUUCUGUAAAGAGCAGAAUGAUUUAUCUUUAAAAGAUCAAGCCAUUGUGGAAGGUUUAGAAGCUUUUCCCAAAGCUAAAAGUGUGCCUUUGUUAAACGCCAUACAGUUGCAAGAACAAAUAAAGAGAACCUCUAACUCUGGAGGGGAAUUUUCAUCUCCUGACAGCACUCAGGAAAUUGAAAAUGUGAUGUUAUUAGAAAAACAUCUGCAGGGGCUAAGCUUAGAGAACUAUAGAGAAGAUCUCCAAAGUUCUGGGGACCCACAAUCUGCAGCAGAUAAAGUCACUGAUUCAGGAAGUGCUUUGAGGCUGUGCACAGAAAUACUAGAACUGACUUGCUUAGAAAAUCAGCAGAUUUUGCCUGCUAGGUCAAAUAAAGUCGUAGAUAACUAUCCAACUGGGAAAAAAUCUGUGCCAAGAAUCAUGAAAAUUUCACUUAAGAAGAGUGUGUGCCAAAAUAGUUAUGCUGAGGACAGUGACAGUGAAAAUGUGAUGGGCAGGAGGAAGGGUCAUAGGAUCCCAAAACAGCAAAGAAAAAGUCAUAUGGUUCAGCUGAAGGACAAGUGCAAUGGCAAAAGGGGCAACAAGGAAUUGGCAUUUGAAAUUCAGCCAGAACCAAAAGGGAAAGAUGAGCAUGCUCUUAAUUUACUUAAUGUUGAUUUAUCAGCAAAAGACCAUCUGCUCCUACCUCUCUCCAAGUCUCCAAGUCUCUCCAAGCUUUGUGGAUUCGAUCCUUAUCUUCAGGAGACCAGAAACAAUUUGAACACGUGUGAGAGUCCACUGCCUCUGACUGAAAGGCUGAAACUCAGAUUGCAGAGCAGUUGAGAACUUCGGCUCCCCUCUCCCUGAUGUCUUCAUCUGGAUAGGUCUCAAAUGUCUUUGAUACGUUUUAAAUGUCCUCUAAAUUUUGUAAGCUCCAUAACUUAAUUACGAGUGGUGGAAGAUUGAAAGUGGGCUCAUGUCUGAAGUGAAAUGAAGUUCUUCAAGCAACCUUUCUGUAGUGACUUCCUCUACUUCUGACUAAUGGACAUGCUGUGAGUUGUGCUGAAGUUUUCCUAAACAGUUUGCUUGAGUAGAAACACAUAGUUACAUCAGUCACACCACAACGGCAUGAACUCAAGAAUAAAUAAUGUUGGGGUUGUCAAGUAUUAAACAUGUAACACUUGUUCGUAUAUAUCUGAAUGGCAGUGGCAAAGCUACUGAUAUUUUUGUACUUAUAGAUUGGGUUUAGCAUAUGUUUUUGUACAAUUUUGCUAUAGCUUUUCAGGUCCAAAUCAAAUAAUGCUCUACAUCCAAUCUUGGAGUCAAUCCCCCACAUGCAACAGAGUUAAGUACUAGAAUUAUGAAGUAGUAAAAUGGAGUAGGAGAUAGCAAUUUGGAAUUAUGCCUGUAAGAUACUCUUUGGAAAGAGAAAUCUAUCAGAGAGGACUACUACAACCUAGUUCUUUGUCUGCUCUUUCUCUUUGGACCAUAUUUCUAACUCAGGAUCAUAUGUUCUUAAAGUCAUAAUGAUUUUCAUCUUUAACAUAUAUAAGCCCUGGUUUUAAACAGUAUCUUUCACAUAGACUUAAAAAACAAAUUAUGCAAUGCUUUCAAAUAGCAGUAGUAGUAGUUUAAAUGGAUUAAUGAGACACAAAUACUUUGCAACACAAUCCUUUGCAUAUUUAUGCAUCAACUAAGUCCGGUCAGGGGGAGUUUGUCUCCAUAAACAGUUGUGUUUAAGAGUGCAGCCUUUUUAAAUACAAUAUUUGUAAUGUUAGUGAUUUUCUCUGAUUCCAGAUACUGUAUUAUUUCUAACCUUGCCUAGGUCAUCUCUCUGCCUAUUGUAGGGAGGCUCUGUAUUUUACUGGUAAUAUGCAUGCUUUCCAUGCUAAAAGUACCCAGUUCAAACUGGCAGGUUACUUCAGGCUGGAACGGCCACCAAUGGCAGCCCGGGAGAACUUGCUGGUCAAGAGACAGCACCUGAGCAAAUAGUCUUGGCGCAAUGCAACUCCCAAUAGUGAUGCUGAUCAGAUCAAGGUGCAAUUCAUACUAAUGGUCCAGAAUAUAUAGCAUUGAGAGAAAUACAUAUCCUUUGGUGACUGUUGAUUCAUGAAAAGGAUGAAAGUAUUCAUUCACAGGACUGUUGUUUUUGAAAUGGAAUUGUAGAUGCAAGUGACAUUCUGAUUUAUAAGCACAUAAAUUAUUAAAAGAUGCUGAGUCUGCUUUCACAUGUUGUAUUAUGUCAUAGCGUGAUUUGGUUUGGAUUUAAUGCAACCUAUAAAGCCAGCCACUGUGGUUUGUAAAAUAUUAUGUACAGCUUAGCAUGUGAGUGUAGCCAUUAUAGGUCUGUUCUACAAAUCAUGCUUAAGACAAACCAUGGCUAAACAUGACAUGAUCCCAGCCAGUUUGCAAAAUUAUUUGAGCCACUUUGAAUUUCCACUGACUUCAUUAGUCAACGUUUGAAAAUAUGCUAAAUUCUUUCUCACUGAAACCGUGAGAGAGAGAAAGUGCUCAAGUUUGGCUGGAUUAUGUCCCAGGUUUACAAAGCUAAAUCCAAAUUCAUAAGAUUUUCUAAAACAAUGCAAGUAUAUCCCUGCAAUAUGAUAUGGCAUAGCUCAGGAAUCUAUUCCCCUGCUGUGUGAAACAAGGCCAUCAGAAAAUAUCUGGGGAAACCUUUUUCUAUUUAGUUCUGACAAAAGUGUUGGCCUGAAGUGGGAAGAAACAGAUAAAGCCUGUCACCAACUGCUUAUCCUACAAGGCUGCAAGUCGCAAUGAUACACCAAUGCAGCAGUCAGCAUAUCCCCUUCUAAAUGUUCAUUUUCCACCAUAAAGCU